AUGGCUGACAAGCUUCGGACCACGCAAAAUCUCGAGGCCCUCCAGGCCAAGCACGUCGGAACCGGACACGCCGAUACCACCAAAAAAGAGUGGUUCGAUAACAUCGUGCGUGACACCGCCCACUCCUUCAUCGGCCACCAGCCCCUGCUGGAGCUCACUGCCCUCGGUAUGGGUCUUCACCCCGAGGAGGUUCGCAUGGAACAGUACGAGCACCUCAUCCGGGGCUGGGUUCCCUCCGAGACUGCUGAGGUAAACGUCGGACAAGAAGAACUCGACUACCUAAUGGCAGUUGAGAUGCAGAAGCAGCAGGAGGCAUUGGCCUCGGCCAAUGCCACCACUACCGACGACAUCGCCAAUGGCGCCACCAAGUAA